GUCAAGCGAAGAGCGCAGCGCAGACGGAGAGCGGCGACACACUUUUCCUACAGCAGACAUGUUUCGCAAUCAGUACGACAACGACGUGACAGUAUGGAGCCCACAGGGCCGCAUCCAUCAGAUCGAGUAUGCCAUGGAGGCAGUGAAGCAAGGAUCUGCAACUGUAGGACUCAAAUCCAGAACCCAAGCAGUCCUGGUUGCACUAAAGAGAGCCCAGUCUGAGCUGGCCGCCCACCAGAAGAAGAUUCUCCAUGUUGACAACCACAUCGGUAUCUCCAUCGCUGGACUGACUGCUGAUGCCAGACUGCUCUGUAACUUCAUGCGCCAGGAGUGCUUGGACUCCAGAUUCGUCUUCGACAGGCCCCUCCCAGCAUCACGUCUAGUCUCUCUUGUCGGCAGCAAAACCCAAAUCCCAACACAGAGGUAUGGAAGGAGGCCCUAUGGCGUUGGACUCCUCAUUGCUGGCUUUGAUGACAUGGGACCUCACAUCUUCCAGACCUGCCCGUCAGCCAACUAUUUUGACUGCAAAGCCAUGUCCAUCGGAGCGCGUUCCCAGUCUGCCCGCACCUACCUGGAGAGAUGCAUGGACAAGUUUGCUGACUGUAAUCUGAAUGAUCUGGUUCAGCAUGGCCUCCGUGCUCUCAGAGAAACCCUCCCCGCAGAGCAGGACCUCACUACCAAGAAUGUUUCCAUCGGCAUCGUGGGGAAGGAUAUGGAGUUCACCAUUUAUGAUGAUGAUGAUGUUGCUCCCUUCCUGGAGGGACUGGAGGAGAGGCCACAGAGAAAGGUCGCCCAGCCUGCAGAUGAACCAGCUCCUGGAGAGGCAGCCAGCGACGAGCCAAUGGAGCACUGAGGCAGCCCCGUCACUCCGCCGGCCAACCAAUGAUAUACCUCCUAUCAUCCGUGGGGAGGUGGGGGGCGGGCUCGAACCCAGACCAACCUGACACUUACCGCAACUCAACAGAGCAAUUUUUAGAGGGGGAAAAGAUGUUGUUGUGAUGUGCCACUUGCUAAACUGUUAAUCCAAAAUAUUCUCUGCUAACAUCAAUCCAUGUGAUGUUGCUUUUGUAUGAGUAAAGUGUACCAUUAUACAAGUAAUAAACUCUUUUUUUGAA